UUCCUCAACAUCUCCUCUCUCUAUAUCUCUCAAUUUUUUUUUAAAAUUAAAAAGAAAAAUCCAUGCACUUAUAAUUAUUAUUUGAAUUGAAAAUGGGACUCUUCGACUUCAAUUCAAGUAUUUUGCUCUCUGAAAAUGAUGUGAACUCCAUGGAAUUCACUUUUCUUUUGAGAUAUGUCAAUUCCAAAGAAGAUGAUCAAGAAGAAGAUCGACAAGAGGAGACAUUAAAUGGAAGAAGCAACUCAGUCGUUCAAGAUGAUGAUAAUGGGUUCAAAACUCCAACAUCUUUGGAGCAUAAAAUUCCCACAAGUAUUCAGUGCCCGAUGGCGCCGAGGAAACCAAAACCUCGACGGUUGACGAAGCGGAAGGCCGUGGAACGACACCGGUUGUUGCUGGAUCUGUCCUCUGAGAUUCAGUCUUUGUUUCCAGCUGAGUUUCUUGUAGGCCUUGGUGGUAAGAUCAAGAGGGUUAGACAAUAAAAGAAACUUAAAAACUUUGAUCCAUAACUUUUACAAAAAAGAAUGUACUACUAUUUUCUUUUCUCUUGGGUUUUCUUAGUUCUUAAAAUUGAUAUUGUAGAAAUUAAUAUCUGUGGUUAGAUAUCAUCUUUCCUCCGGCUGACUUUCUAUCUUCUCCGGCGGCCGCGAGGUGCAACUUUGUUAGCUUAAAAUUAUCUGAAUCUUUAACAUAAUAUCAUAACAAAAUUUAUGAA